CGUGUGCAUUCUUGCAGGCUCCACAAAGUACGCCCAGCCGCUUCCUGGUCGGGGUUUUUUGCAGCGUGGAGGAGGGGCGGUUGCAGGCAGCAGCGGAAACCAGACAUUACAGAUAAGAGUGUGCAGCGCACAGCCGUCGGCAACUGUCUCUCUCUUUCUCGCGCGCGCGCUCGCUCGCUCGCUCUCCUCUGCUUCCCCCCCUUUGCACUGCAGUUGCAUGAGGAUUGGGGCGACGAGAAUGCCACUGUGACGGAGGCGUGUGACAAGUCCCCAUCUUUUUUUUCCUUUCCCCCCUUUUCUUUUUUUCUUUUUUUUUUGGGUGUUUUUUUCUCCUCCCAAUUUCUUGGUCAUCCUCUCUCGCGAAUCCCCCACAAUGCCUUGGUCGAUCUGUCUACAAUCUGAUGGUUGCCUCUGGAAGGAAAUGUGAGAGCAUAGCAAUGAACGUCUGACAGGCGCGACCUUUCAUAAGACAGCCCACACGACUGGCUUUCUGCCCAGAAUAUUGCUGCAACACUGUCUGUGAUUGGUUAUCUCCCUAUCAUCAUGCCUUGCUUCAGAAGGGCAGAACGGCCCCCUUUUUAAUAAGCCCACGAUGGCCGGCUGCAAUAUGCUGCACUGUUGGUACUAAGAAGUGCCUUUCCUGACGUCUCUGCUGCUUGGAACCGCUUCUAGAGCAGACUCUGCUUUUUGCCUUGCUUGCUGCCAGCUAGACUGCGACGACAGCUCAUCCACUCUCCACCUCUAGCCCAGCCACCCCUCCCCUCAUUUCUACUUAUAAUCAAGAGAAAGAGAAAGAGAGAGAAAAAAAAGCUCUAAGCAUCAGGCGUUGCCCUAGGCUGCUUUAGUUACUCUUUUAGAAAUAUUAAGCAUAACGACAACAACAAAAGUUUGCUGGAAAAGUGAGAUAAUCUUCUGCCAGAAAGGAAAAAAAAAUCAAAGAGAGAAGGAGCAAAAUAAACCGUUCCUUGAUUUAUCUCUUUAAACUGCUGCAUCUGUCUGUGCCAAACUAAUUGAUACCAAUUGCGCCACACCAAAAAAAUUGAAUAAAUCGAAAUCUCAAUAAUAAAAUUAAUAAUAACAAUUGCAGAUUCAGCCGUGUGGAGAUUCUCCUUUCAGGCAACUUUUUCCUGAGAGCAGCUUGGAAAUUCUCUGCUGAAGGGUCUCCCACGUUCUGCUGCUUGCAUUUUGGCCUCCCAAUUUGGCACUCAAGAAUGGUUUACUGAGAGCACAAGGCUCAUUCCAGGCCACACUUUUAAAUGCUCAUUUUUCUGACGACCUUAAGUUCCAAAACCACCCCCCUCUUCUGAUUGACAGUUUUGCGCUGUGACUUUCUAGUGGGAAAUCUAUUCCUUGCUGUUGCGACAACACAACUUUACAUCUUUUAACGUUGGGCUUUGGGGCUUUGGGGGAAGCAUUUUGGAGGUGGCAUUUUUCAGCGUUUCCAGUCUUAUCAGUUUGGCCUCUUCUCUCUCUCCUUUUUUUUUUAAUUUGUUUGUUUCAUUGACAAUUUUAACUACCUGUAAAAAAAUCUAAACAUGGCUGUAAGUGUCACACCAAUCCGGGACACAAAAUGGCUAACACUGGAAGUGUGUCGUGAGUUCCAAAGAGGGACUUGCUCACGUCCAGAUACGGAAUGUAAAUUUGCACAUCCAUCGAAAAGCUGCCAAGUUGAAAAUGGACGAGUAAUCGCCUGCUUUGAUUCAUUGAAAGGACGAUGCUCAAGGGAGAAUUGCAAAUACCUUCACCCACCGCCACACUUAAAAACACAGUUGGAGAUCAAUGGACGCAAUAACCUGAUUCAGCAGAAGAACAUGGCCAUGCUGGCCCAGCAGAUGCAACUAGCCAAUGCCAUGAUGCCUGGUGCCCCGUUACAACCAGUGAACCAUAUGCCUCAGACAUUCCAAAAAAGAGGGGGGGAGGGAUCUCCAUAUUUCAUCGACACUGAUUCCAUUUAUCAAUACCAAACACUAAAGAGAGCCCUAGACCAAUGGUCUUCAUCUGAUGGGUCGGGACCCACUACCGGGUCGCAGACUGAUCUAAGAUGGGUCGCAACAGCAGCACUACCACAAUACAAAUAUAUGCCAAUGUUUUCAGUUGCACCAAGCUUAGCCACCAAUGCUUCAACAGCCUUUAACCCCUACUUGGGGCCUGUCUCUCCUGGUUUGGUCCCAGCAGAGAUCCUGCCGUCAGGGCCAAUGCUGGUUGCGGGGAAUCCUGGCAUGCCAGUUCCUGCUGCUGCUGCAGCAGCCGCACAAAAGCUAAUGAGGACAGACAGACUGGAGGUAUGCCGAGAGUACCAGCGUGGCAAUUGUAACCGAGGAGAAAACGAUUGCCGGUUCGCUCACCCUGCCGACAGUGCAAUGAUUGAUACCAAUGACAACACCGUUACCGUCUGCAUGGAUUACAUCAAAGGGAGAUGCUCAAGGGAAAAGUGCAAAUAUUUCCACCCUCCUGCACACCUGCAAGCUAAGAUAAAAGCUGCCCAGUACCAGGUCAACCAAGCAGCAGCUGCUCAGGCAGCAGCUACUGCAGCAGCCAUGACUCAGUCGGCUGUCAAAUCACUGAAGCGACCCCUCGAGGCAACCUUUGACCUGGGAAUUCCUCAAGCUGUACUCCCCCCAUUACCAAAGAGGCCUGCGCUUGAAAAAACCAAUGGUGCCACCGCUGUCUUUAAUACUGGUAUCUUCCAAUACCAGCAGGCUCUUGCAAACAUGCAAUUGCAACAGCAUACAGCCUUCCUUCCACCAGGCUCAAUAUUGUGCAUGACACCCGCUACAAGUGUUGUUCCCAUGGUGCACGGCGGUACGCCCACCACUGUGUCUGCAGCAGCAACAUCUGCCACAAGCGUCCCCUUCGCUACAGCAGCCACAGCCAACCAGAUACCCAUAAUAUCUGCCGAACAUCUGACUAGCCACAAGUAUGUUACACAGAUGUAGACAUAUAAUCAUCAAACAAUCAUAUAAAAGAAAAGAGGACAGUGUGAUUGAAUGAAGAAAUGGAACAGGUCAUUAGCCAUAAUGUAUAUACCGUCAGAUAACAGCACCCAAAUUUCCUCAGCAGUAAGACAUCCACAUAUUGCAUGUUAACAAGAUGAAAUGACAACUCGGAAAUCCACUGCACACUGUUGCCUAUAUACUUUGUACAUUGAAUAGAUAUUUGUGCUGGGGUGAUCAUAUUGUCUAAAGACUACAGCAUUGUCUAUCUUUUCUAGCACACAGGUAAAGCAGCGCAUACGCAGCAGAGGUAUGCGCUGGCAGACUCCUUCCUACAUAAUCAUGUACGUCAUCUUGAAAAGACAGACUGUGAUGUAGCCAUAGAUCUAUUAUGUAUUGGUACGUCUGUAGACCAAGAUAUAAUUUUUUAAGUAAGUUUAUUUCUUUCAAGGUUUACAAAAAAAAUAAAAUAACGAAAGGUGCACCUUGUAUUUAAAAUUGCCAUUAUAGGAGAGAGCGUGCAUGCACAGUAUAAUUUUUAUUUUUCCUUUCAUUUUUUGCUUUUAAGAGUUAAUAUUUUUAAAUGUAAUAGAUUGUAAGAAGUGGUAAAAAGAGGUAUCUGACAGAGAUGAAUGUGCCAAGUAUAAACCACAACUGUGUAUAUUUUUAAAGCACAUCAAUGGCUUUAAGUACCAUGUUGUUAAUGAUGCUCAUGAAGUGCCAUAGACUGUAAUCAAAGUAGAGUAUUAUUUCUGCAGUGUUACUUUUAAGAGCCACGUUUUUAAUUUUGCUUGUUUUCCUAGUUGCUAAUCAGUCAAAGGGCACCCCUUCUGUUUUAAACCAAAGCUGUCUCAGAAAUGGCCAGUUUUACCUUAGUUAACAGUAGGCAGCACAUUUUUAAAAUAAGCAAAAACCAGUCUUAAACCCAGGUUAUUCCUACACAUACUGGAUAUAUUAACCUAUAUAAAUUAUUAUAAUCCAUAAUAAUAGUUAUGCAAACUAUACCAUAUAACAGACAAUAUACAUUUUUUUUAAAAAAAAGGGAAAAGCCAUUUCUGAGACACUGUUUGCAAAACAUUUGAGGAAUUUUAUUUCGCUUCAAAUUUCUAACCUCUGUCAGAAGUCCAAGAGACUCUAAAAGUGUUGGAGGAGAUGGGUUUUUGCUUUCUUCUCAAAUGCAUCACUUCAAAGUCACGCACUUCAAAAAUAAAAAUAGUGACUCUAAUCAUGAGAGAAGCACUGACAUCAGAUGCACGAUUUUUUAAAAAAGAAACCAAAACAAUGAGAUAAAUGGAGAUGUUAAUUAGAAAUAGGUAUCGGGUGGGUUAAAUAUUGGGAUGAAUUUUAUAUGUGAUUUCUUCUGUUCAGAUUUAACUGCUUAUAGCCUUAGAAAGCCUUUACAAAAAUGAAACAAAAAACAUAGAUGUGCAUUCAAGUUUUCAAGAAUGGAUUCAUCCAAAGGAAAUCUUUUUUGUGGUUUGGAUGUUGCAGCUAGUAAAGGAUAUAUUUUGCUCUGUUCAGCAAAGCUAAAGGGUUGCUGAGGUGGGGGCCAGGUCACUGGUAGUUUAUGGAAUGGAAGAGGAGAGAGUUCAGUUCUAGAACUUUCCGUACUUCCAAGUUUACUUGCAGGUUUUUAUGCUUGAGAGAUGCUUUCUAAAAAUAAAAAAAAAGAAUGAUGUGUUGAUUUUACUGAUUGUACUGUACAUCUAUUAAAGCCUUAGAUUAUUACAUUACGGGUUAAAACCCAUACCAAUGUAAUUUCAGUCGUGUUAAGAAAGUAUAGGUGACUUCACAUGUUAUUGUAGUUUACUUACAUUAGAGAAUACUACUUAUUUUUUUUCCUUGUUAAAAUAGUAGUUUUUAUUUCUUACAUUUAUUAGAUCAUUUUCAUUUUCUAUUACCAGACGAAUGCCAUUUCAGUUUAUAGAAUUUUGUUUUAUUAGAUUUUAACUAAUGAAUUUUUCAAAAUACGGAAAAAAUUUAAAAAGUUUUUUUUCUUCUUCAUAGCAUAUGCAGUUUUGAAUUUACAUGUAGUGUCAUGAAUAUUCGUAUUAUUGUUAACUAAAUGAUUUAUAUUUUACUGAUUUAAUAUUACAAUGUAAGAAUAUCAGUCAUUGUUAGUUCUUGUCUAGUUUUCAUUAAAAGAACAAAGAUCUUUUAUAUGGAUAUCUUAUAUAAUCAUUGCUAAGUAAGAAGUUAAGUUGUUGCUAUUGCAACGAUCCUGGCAGACAACUGAGUAAUAUUUUGAUGAUUUAUUUUGUUUGUAAUUAUAAAAGAAAAAAUCUAGUUCCUAGAUAUCAGAAUAAAAAUUUAUUUUCUACUGUAUCCAUUUCAAAUGUUAAAAUAUUGUUUAAAUAUUUUUUUGAAAUCCCUGAAUAUCAGGCCUUGUUAUAAAUAAGCUGCAUAAUCAAUAGAUCAAGGGACUUUUUGUUGAUAAUCCAAAUACUCAAAAGUUUACGUAUAACAAGAAUUAUAAUAUGUAUGAGUGCGUGUGCAAACUCUUGAGGGUUGAUUAUGCUGCAAUUUAGCAUGUGGGAAAGUAUAGAGAGGAAGGUUGACCUUUUGCACUUCUGUAUAUAGUCAAAAAAAAAAAAAAGAGAGAGAAACCUGUAUAAUAGUAAGAUCUUAUUUUGAAUAAAAAUGUCUAUAAAUACAAGGAGUUUUGUUAAGGCUAAUUAAAAAAUAAAAAAAGACAGGCUGAACAAAAUUGCUUGCAAAAAAAGUGGCACAGAGUUAGCACUCCAAACCCCAUGGGGAAAAAAGUUGCUUUGCUUUAUGUGAACAGCUUCUAGUUUGCCAGGAUUCUUUCUGCUGGAAAGAUUGGCCCUCGUUCCCAGUUCUCGUGACUAAGGACCCUUCUGCACUGUACAAUUAAAGCCCUAUUGAACCACAGUCGUACCUUGGAAUCCGUUCCAGAAGUCCGCUCGACUUCCAAAACAUCUGGAAACCAAAGCGCGGCAUCCGAUUGGCGGCAGGAAGCUCCUGCAGCCAAUCAGAAGCCCCGUCGGAACGUUCGGGUUCCAAAGAACGUUUGUAAACCGGAACUAUCACUUCCAGGUUUGCGGCGUUUGGGAGCCAAAACGUCCGAGUACCAAGGCAUUCGGGAUCCAAGUUAUGACUGUGCUCUAGACAGCCAUGGCUUCCGCUGAAAAUUCCUGGGAGUUGUAGUCUGUUAAGGCUGCUGAGAGAUGCUAGAAGACCACUUCUUCCCUUGCAGAACUACAAUUCCCAGAGUUCCUUGAGGAUUGGUUUAAAAAGCCAUUGGGAAUCUGUGAGGGGGCAGGGGUCUUCGAACCACUCCUAGCACCCGUACGAGACUACAGUUCCCAAGAUCCUUUGGGGCAAGCCACAGUGGUUUAAAGUGACAUCGUGCUUUGAAUGUAUAGAGCAGUUGGGGCCUUUAAAAAAAAAAAGCUGCACUGGUCCAAAUCUGCCUGAAGAUCAUUACUAAAUAAAUAAAAAUUAUUUUUUUAGAAAACAAAAUUUCAAACAAACAGGUACUUCAAACCAUUAAAGGGAAAUCAUGGAUCAGAUAUGUCGUACAUUACUCAAGACAACUACUGCAUGUUUAAAGUAUCGAAGAGAGAGAGAGAAAGAGAAAGAGAAAAUAUAUAUAGAUAUAGAUAUAUAUAAAAGAUAUAUAUUCUAUUCAAAACAGUUUCUGACAAAUUUCAGUAGUUUUAUUAUUCACACACCGACACACAGAAAUAAACACACACACACACACAAACAGAAACCGAUAUUGACUUUCACAUGCUCACAAAAAUGUUUUAAAAAGAAAAACUCGUCAACAGGCAAACCAAAACAAAACAUCAUAGCUGUAGUCGUUAUGUAAUUAUUUUUAUUGCUGUAGUGAUCCUGUUCUUUUAGCAGGUGGAAAGGAAAAGAAAAGAAAAAAAACCUUAUCAAAAUUAACCAUUUCUAACCUAAAGCACUUGAGAAACCGUGUAAUAUAUACGAAGCCAAAGUGAAGGGGCCGGGGUGGGGGGUUUGGGGAGAAAAACGAUUGGAUUGGAUUCUCUCUGGUAAUAAUUCACACCGAUGAAUUAGGACACGUUGCACUUCCUCGCAACCCCUACAACUUUCAUCUGCUGAAAGGACAGGUGUGCUUGGUUUUUUACUAUUAUGUAAUCACAGACUUAAAUUUGCUUGGUAGUUGCUCCAAAUUAUGUACUCUGUCCUGGGCCGUAAUUUGUUUUUAUGCUUAUUUUAUUAUUACUGCUAUAGUUGACCUAGCUGUAUGGAGAGAAAAAAAUAAAUAAAGUUAAAUUGCCCUAAUAAAA